GUUGAGGAUACUUUACACCACUUUCUAUAUGACUGUCCCACUAAACAAGCUAUCUGGCUUCAGUGUUUGUCUACCUUCUUUCCAAACGUAACAAUCGUACCUGGUCGAAUACUAUCCAUUCUCCUUGCGCUUGACUUCGGUGAUUUACACAACACAAGAUCUCCUGUUGCCACUUCGUUGACGUUUAUAUCCGUUAUAGGUUGUAUAUUGCAAGGGAUCUGGAGAUCCCAUUGGCAACUAGUGUUUGACGAUCAACCUUUCACUACCACCACGGUACUAACACGCUGCCUGUCUAUCGUAUGGCAAUUACACUUUCAAUCGCUGGCUGAUUAG